AUAAUAAACAGGUUGUUUAUUUCUAAAGAUUAGGAUUUUUAUCCUGAUAUCAAAAACAGCAGCCAGACAGAAUGCUCAAGAUAAUCCUAAAAUUAGCAACCAUUGUUUAUAUCUGUGCAAGAUGUUCGGGAAUGAAUAAUGGAGUUGCACGUACACCUCCUAUGGGCUGGUUGGCAUGGGAAAGAUUUCGAUGUGUCAUAGAUUGCAAAACAUAUCCUGACUCUUGUAUAAGUGAAAAGCUCUUCACAGACAUGGCAGACAGGUUGGUGGAAGAUGGUUGGAAGGAUGUUGGAUAUAAACUUGUCAAUAUAGAUGAUUGUUGGUCUUCUAAGCAAAGAAAUGACGUAAAUGAAUUGGAGCCUGAUCCUGAGAGAUUUCCAUCUGGAAUUCCAUAUCUAGCAAAUUAUAUGCAUAUGAGGGGAUUGAAGUUAGGUAUUUAUGGUGAUUAUGGUACUCUCACUUGUGGUGGUUACCCGGGAUCUAUGGGUUAUGAAAAAGUUGAUGCUCAAACGUUUGCAAGAUGGGGUGUCGAUAUGUUGAAGUUUGAUGGCUGCUAUUCAAAUUCAACUCAGCAAGAGAUUGGUUAUCCUCUCAUGAGUAAAGAAUUAAAUAUGACUGGUCGUCAUAUGAUAUACUCUUGUAGUUGGCCUGCCUACCAAGGUGGUUUGCCUCCUAAGGUUGAUUACAAACUUCUAGGAGAAAUUUGCAAUCUCUGGCGAAAUUAUGGUGACAUUCAGGAUUCUUUUGAGUCAGUAAUGACGAUUAUAAAUUGGUGGGGCGAUAAUCAAGAUGUUCUUAUACCUGCUGCCGGACCUGGAAUGUGGAAUGAUCCAGAUAUGCUAAUUGGUGGUGACUUCUCCCUUAGUUAUGAUGAAGCUAGACUUCAGUUUGGAAUGUGGGCGAUUAUAGCUGCACCAUUGUUUAUUUCUGUCGACCUACGUACAAUGGAUCCAAAAUUUAGAAGCAUGUUGCAAAAUGAACAGGUUAUAUCUGUGAAUCAGGAUCCUCUUGGUAUUCAGGGUCGAAGAGUGAAAAUGGAUAAAACUAAUGUACAGCUCUGGGUGAGACCUUUGGUUGGCGAAGAGCAGGCUAUAGCAAUAUUUAGCACAAGAACAGAUGGUGUUCCAUAUGAAUACUACUUCACAUUGUCAGAUCUUGGUAUUCAAAAGCCAGCUUCUGAGUACUUGAUGACAGAUAUUUUAGAUGGAACAGAGCAAAAAGUUGUUGAAUAUACUGACACAUUAUCAGCUGACGUUAAUCCAAACGGGAUUAGAAUGUUCCGUGCUAUUCCGUUAAAGUGAAAUUCUUGACCGCUUUCAUAUUAAGAUUGUAUAUUAGGAAAUGUGGAUGACCAAAACUAAUCGCUUGAAUCGAUUCAAAAUUAUUUCAAAAAUUUGCUUCAUUUAUUUUUUGAAACCGUUAAAAAUAAAGCAUU